CGCAGACACCUGGCCCCCUGCCGCCUGCUCCCUCCUAGUCCUCCCCUCCCUGCCCAAGCCCAUCUGCCAUGGACGGGCCCUCCGACUCCCCAAGUUCUCCUCUGUGGGACACCUAUGAGAAGGACAUCUUGGAAAUCAGCCAGAAGUUGCCAGGUGAAUACUUCAUGUACAAAGGCAUCCUCUUCCCUGUCGGCCUGUACUCACCUGAGAGUGUCAGCUUCGCGGAGAAUGCCCCGGAUGUGCGAGAUGACGACAUUUUCAUCAUCACCUACCCCAAGUCAGGCACUACCUGGAUGAUCGAGAUCCUCUCCUUAAUCCUGAAAGACGGGGAUCCCUCCUGGAUUCGCUCGGUGCCCAUCUGGGAGCGGGCACCCUGGUGUGAGACCAUCAUGAGUGCCUUCAGCCUCCCAGACCAGGCCAGCCCCCGCCUCAUGAGCUCCCAUCUUCCCAUCCAGAUCUUCACUAAGGCUUUCUUCAGCUCCAAGGCCAAGGUGAUUUACCUGGGCCGGGACCCCCGGGACGUUGUGGUCUCCCUCUAUCAUUAUUCCAAGAUUGCUGGGCAUUUGAAGGACCCUGGCACGCCCGACCAGUUCCUGCAAAACUUCCUCAAAGGGGAAGUGCAGUUUGGCUCCUGGUUCGACCACAUUAAGGGCUGGAUUCGGAUGCAGGGCAAAGAGAACUUUCUGUUCAUCACCUACGAGGAGCUACAGCAGGACUUUCGAAGCUCUGUGCAGCACAUCUGUGAAUUUCUGGGACGGCCACUGAGCGAGGAGGCACUGGACUCCGUUGUGGCACACUCAACCUUCGGUGUCAUGAAGGCCAACACCAUGUCCAACUAUACACUGCUGCCCCCCAGCCUGCUGGACCACCGCCAUGGGGCCUUCCUUCGGAAAGGGGUCUCUGGUGACUGGAAGAACCACUUCACGGUAGCACAGAGCGAAGCCUUCAAUCGGGUCUACCGUGAGAAGAUGCAGGGAAUGCCAACCUUCCCCUGGGACAAGGAACCCAACGACGAUGAGGAUAGCCAGGACCCAGAGCCUGAGCCCAAGCCCAAGCCCAGCCCCAUACCCAGCUCCAAGUCCAACCAGGCCUCGGAGUCUUCCCACCAGUGA